GGUCAUUCGACUUCAUGAUACUACCUAAAUUCUUUACCAUCUCCCUUGAUGGGACCCUUGCUGAAGUACCGACCGUUGAUCGGUGAUGAGAUCCGCCUUCUCAAGAUCGAGACAGCCGACGACGUUGAAGCUGCAGCCAACAAUGCGAAGCACCCUUCCGUAGCAUGCUCACUCGAGCAUGUUUGCCUGCCACCUGCGUCAAAAGGAGCCUUCAAUCAACAGUUCAAAGGAAACGGUGGAACGUGGCCAGAGCUUUCUAAGGGCCACGACACUGAUGCCCUCUUCAAGAAUGGCCGCGAUCCACACCGCGACGAAGGAGACUCGACAGAGCAACCCAUUUCGGAUGAAACAAGUUUAGCGUGGCGACACGAAUGGGGUGAUUUCAUCGCCUUAUCCUAUGUCUGGGGCCAUCCAAAACUAUCAGAAGGAGAAACACCUUACUCCAUCACAGUCAACGGUUGUCAUUUUGAAGUAACUCCAAACUUAUAUCACGCCCUAGUGCAGCUCAGCCAAAGCUAUAGAAUACGGCAGGGCUUCAAACUCUGGGUAGACGCCAUCUGUAUCAACCAAAAUGACAACGACGAGCGUGGUCAGCAGGUUGCGAGAAUGCGCGAUAUAUACCAGUCUGCUUGGCAGGUCGCUAUAUGGCUAGGGCCAGCAGAUCAAGACAGUCAACUGGCUCUAUCCGCCCUCUAUUGGCUAGCACGCGAGUCGAAGCGACCUAGUCCAAUGGAGGAUUUCUAUAUCGAAAGCUUCUCCAUUGACUUGCGUCCAAUUAUCAUCAUGUGGCCGACUUAUGAAAGUCCCAUGGAACAAGAAGUCUACAAAGCAUUAUUCUAUUUCUUCACCAGGCCAUACUGGCGCAGAAUGUGGGUAGUUCAAGAAGUAGCUAUGGGAAACCCCAACACUCCUGUUAUCUGCGGCGAUAAAUGUAUUUCUUGGUAUGAUGUUCAUCGGGCUGUCAAUCUUAUCGCUGGGGAUGAUUCAAGAUUCGGUCACGCCAUUCUUGAGAGCGUUCGGCCGCUGAUAUUGACAACAUGGUCGUUUGAGUUUGCGCGUGAUAGGCUGAUCAAGGAGAGAGACUGGGCACCAGAGAGGAUGUGGAAGGUUCAGCAGACUAUGAUGCGAAUCCAAGAACAUCAAAAGCUUGAGGCUCCAUCAAAGGCAUGGCAAGAGCUCGUGCGGGCACUGAAUCUCGCGCGAGAUUCACUUGUGACAGAAGAGAAGGAUAGGGUCUACGGCAUCUUGGGCAUAAAGGCCAUCGCGGACAGAAUUCACAUCAAGCCUAACUACAACUUAUCAAAAUCAACAAUCUUCGCCAACUUUGCGUCGGAGCUCAUGGCAAAGGGCGAUCUCAACAUUCUCCGUCUGGUUUCAGGUCCUGGAGGCCACAUACCAACAAAUUGGACAGUCGACAAACUACCCGCAUUCUUACGAAAUCAGUCUAUGGCGCCCUUCUUACUGGCGAUCUUGAAUAGCGUCACCAAAGGUCAGGGAACAACUCCAGUUGGUACCUUUUGCAAUCACGAUAUUCCUUCCUGGGCUGUGUGCUGGACAUGCACUCCUGCUCCGGCGGCUCAACUUGGUGGUGCAUACCAAGCAGACGCAGGUUUGGGCCAAUCGAUACCAAUGUUCUCUCAAGCGUGUGCCAGUCUCACUACCAAGGGUGUCAUUUUGGACACAAUUAUAUCAUUGAGUGCAUGCAAUGCAAGUGAGGUUGACACUCGCUACCCACGCAACUCAGCUUCUUCUCAGAGUAUCUACGGAGAUCUCGAAGCAACCAGAAACGCGUUUUGGAGAACUAUAGUAGCAGACACGACCUCCCAAGUCGGCGAAAUGGCCCCAGAGUCUUAUGCCUGGCUUCUUGAUCCCAAGUUGUGGCAGAGCGGUGUUGCUGGCAUUUAUACUCAUGGCUUUGGACUCUACAUCCUUGUGAAACGGAACCGGCAGCUUCAACUUUGCGGAUAUACUCUGGAAGAGAUCAUAUUCAGACCCAGAAAUUGGCUUACACGACUAAAAGCGGGACUUUUUGGAGAAAGUCUGUAUAAUCCUACUGAGAUGCAGCGAGAUUCUUUGUCAUGGGCGAUUAAUGCGAUGGCGUGGAGGAGGUUGUUUGGGACGAAGAAUGGCAGAAUGGGAUUGGGGACUUGUGCAGCCGAGAUCAACGAUAAAAUUGUUCUCUUGAGCGGUUGCAGUACGCCACUUAUCCUCCGAGAAUUCAACGGAGGCUGGAAGCUCAUCGGGGAGUGUUAUACUCAUGGCGUUAUGUACGGCGAAGUAACAGCCAAGGAGGAUGAACUUGUAGAUAUCACGAUUUAUUAACGACCAGUAGCAUAAUGAGUAUCAUGAACAUAUCUAUAUGAAGUCUAACGCCUGAAUGUAUUCU